AAAUAGAAACAGAAAGAGAGUCUCUUAUAAAGAGAAUGCGAAGCUGGUACACGAUUAGCACCAGUGCGAACGUUGUCAAUGGCAGGUCCUGCAGCCCCACUCAGAACAAUUUUGCCUGCAGUAUAUCGCAGCCCUCAUAAGCCUCCUAUCCCCGUUCACUGUGCCGAGCGAAGGUCAAAGCGGCGGAGUUUAGGUUUAAGUAUUGCUUAUAUUCUAAAGUGCAGUGGCCCUCCUCCCUGUGGAGCAUGCGCUGCAACGAACAGCGAGUGUUGUUUCGAGCCUUUAACAGACAAACGGCGAAAAUUGACACGGAAGGCUGCAGAGAAAGACAUGGAAAGCUAUCGACAUGUAUCCAUGUACUUAAUCAGUAUCCUGCGUUCUGGGAAGGAAGAUGAUGUGAACAAUCUAGUAAAGGAGGUUCAGAAAGCCUCAUCCCUUGAUUCUGCUCUUGCAGAUCUGCAGUCGUUAGUUUCUCGGGAGAAGAGCUGAUUCCUCUUGUUUUAUUGAAAAUCAA